CAUAUCCACAUGGAGUGGAUCAAGUGUGCCAUAACUGCCCAGCUAAAAAGACACCACAGGAUAAAAUACCGUUUCUUUCUCCCCAAAUUUUCAAAAAAUUCCCCAGCAAUGGAGGGUUGCUCUCUACAGUCACCGACCGUAACCACUUUGCCAUCUUGCUUAUUCCUAAAUGGGUUAGCUGAAAAACAUGUUGUACAUGGCCAAGUCCUCAAAUUUCCCAAUUCAAAGGGGUACCCAUAUGCCAGAAAGCUAAAAUUUCUUAAUAUCAGAGCUCAAGCUUCAGGCACAACAAAAGUCCGGUCAGAGGCAGUUGAAGCAAUUUCAAAGAAAGAAGAUUGGAAAGAUGAGAAUGUUGUAUUUGUUGCUGGUGCUACUGGUAGAGUUGGCUCACGCACAGUGAGGGAGCUUUUGAAACUCGGGUUCCAAGUCAGAGCUGGCGUGAGGAGUGCUCAGAAAGCAGAAACUCUUGUGCAAAGUGUUAAACAAAUGAAGUUAGAUGUUGAAAAUGCAAGUGAAGGAACGCAGCCUGUAGAAAAGCUUGAAAUUGUGGAAUGUGACUUAGAGAAACGGGAUCAGAUUGGACCAGCAUUAGGCAAUGCAUCAGUGGUUAUAUGCUGCAUUGGUGCCAGUGAGAAGGAGGUCUUUGAUAUCACUGGACCAUACCGGAUCGACUACCUGGCUUCCAAAAACCUUAUUGAUGCAGCAACUGCUGCAAAAGUUAAACACUUCAUUUUGCUUACCUCAUUGGGAACAAACAAGGUUGGCUUUCCUGCUGCUAUUCUAAAUUUGUUUUGGGGGGUUUUGAUUUGGAAAAGGAAGGCGGAAGAAGCGCUGCUAGCCAGUGGACUUCCCUACACUAUAGUGAGACCUGGAGGCAUGGAACGGCCCACCGAUGCUUACAAGGAAACUCAUAAUAUUACCCUCUCACAGGAAGAUACUUUAUUUGGUGGCCAGGUGUCAAACCUUCAGGUAUCAGAGCUCAUGGCAGUCAUGGCCAAAAACCCCAGCCUUUCAUACUGUAAAGUAGUGGAGGUAAUUGCAGAGACAACUGCACCAUUGACUCCCAUGGAGGAACUUCUUGCAAAGAUACCAUCUCAACGUGCUGACAUUUACCCUCCAAAGGAAUCAGGUGCUGCAGCUGGGCCUGAUUUAGCACCAUCUAAGACUGUCAAAUCUGAGGAACCAAGCCCUCCCAUUGAGAAGGAGCCUUCCAGUGCAAAAGCGAUGGCGAGGCAACCCCUCUCUCCUUAUAUUUUCUAUGAAGAUUUGAAACCACCUACAUCCCCUACUCCAACCCCAAGCACUACUGCUGGCGCCACCAAACCAAGUAAUAUAGAUGCUAAGCCAGCAGCGUUGAAGUCAAUUCCUUCACUGGCACCCUCAGGGACCAUCAUUGAAAAAGAACCUACUCAAACUGAAGUAAGGAAACCGAGGCCUCUCUCGCCUUAUACAUGGUAUGAUGACUUCAAGCCCCCUACAUCCCCAUCUCCUAAUGCACCUACUGCGUUGCUCCCAACAUCUGAUGUGGAUGGUGGAUCCAACAUGGCUACCUUGUCAUUGAACAACAUAGCUCAAUCUCUAACAGCAGAUAAACCAAGGGAUAAGCAGCAACAUACUGGACCGAAGCCAAGACCACUUUCACCUUUUACUAUGUACGAUGACUUGAAGCCUCCGACUUCCCCAACCCCAUCCCCAAGGAGAUCUUAGAGAAAUAUCUGCCCAUCAACUUCAACAAGGUAACAGUUCAAAAUUUCCCAUUACCCAUAUUCAAUGAAGAUGAGUAUGCCUCUUUGAGGCUAAACCUCAGCACAGAAGUGACACUGAGUGUGUGAUUCGAACAGAACCAUUGAAGCAUCGUAAUCAAUGGAGAGGAAAGCAACUGAAAUAUAAAUUUAACAUUGAUUCCUACGUAUAUGUAAAAGUGUUUAUUUUCUGUUUAUUUUUUUGGGGUAUUCUAGAUGUAAACUAUUGCAAGUUCAGUUUGACUUCAUAUUACAAAUACUUCCUAUGGUUUUGUAUAAUAAUACUUUUCUCUUUUUAUUC